AUAAAUGAUGGAUAUUUUCGGGAAUGUAUUUUACGCAAAUUCCACAACGAUUUGUCAGUGAAUGAUAAAUCUACCACAUUAAUAAUGGACAAGAAGGGCAAAUUGAGAUCAUUGGAUGAUGAUGAUGAUGAUGAUUUUGACUCCAUGUUUAGUAGAACUGGUCCCCUGUUAGAAAGGAAAGGUAUCAGAUCCAUGAAUAAAUUUGAUCCAGACAAAAUGAUCGACAAAUCUGUAUCAGAAAGUUCCUUGUUUAAAGAAGCAAGAGCUCAAAAAGCCAACAAAUCAGUAUCAUACAAAGCAGCUGCACACAGUUCCUCAGAUAAUAUAGACGAUAACACAGGAAUUUUAGGGAAUAAAAAAGUUUCUGAAAGUGCCAAAGUCUAUUUUGAUUUGUCCAAGUCUGAGGAAAUGGAACAAGCAGCUAUGAGUAUGAAAAUGACCAGUAAGGACGAAAGAGGAAAAGGGAAAAUGGUACAAGCCGAGGCCAGUAAAAGUAAAGUUCAGAUGGAUCAAAAGUCAUCAGUAGAGGCAUACAAACAAGUAGAGAGCAAGAGUAAGGGUAUUUUGUCCUCACAGGCCUCUGAAGAAUCUAGUUCUUACUCCAAAUCUAAAGAAGUGAAAUUUCGCAGCUCAGAAUGUUCAUCAGUGCAGUCAUCCAUGUCAUGCAUAUCUCAAGAUUCUUUUUCCCAAGACGCCAUUCUAGAUGAAGUAAUGGAGAGAGAGGAAGCUGUACCAGCUCUGUGUUUAAAAUAUCCCCUUGAACUUCCCCCGUCAUACUCCAGUGACUCUCAUAUUUCCUGGCAGUGCCUAACAAACCUAAAGGUCAGUUAUCAGAAGUCGUCAAGAAAUUUAGAAAAACAUAUAGAGGCCAUAAAAAAUGCAAACGGUAAUGUCAACGAGGAGAUAAAACAUUUAAACCUCAUUUUAAGAGUCAUAGAACAUGCAUGGAAAAUUGAAGUAUAUGGUCGAGACUUAUCCUAUGGUUUAUGUGAUGUAAUCCGACAGGAAGGAAUCUUGGACAUGGUCAUUCAAAAUUGCUCAUCAUCAAAUAAAGACCUUCUUAAAGCCUCCGCUGGUCUUCUUGAACAAAUACUAUCAACAGAAAAUAGGAAAUAUGUGGUAGAGAAUGGUCUAGAGACGGUUAUCAACAUGACGUUAAGUUUGAAAGAUAAUCACGAAUUUGCUAAAUUUACAACAGGUAUCUUAGAGGGAUUGUUCAAAGUAUCUGCUGAGGCAUCAUCUAAAAUGGUGGCACUCGGUGGACUGGAUAUUAUACUUCAUUGGUGUAGAAGUGCCGAUCUUGGAGUAUUACGACGAUGUGCCAAAGCUAUUUCUAAUUUAUCCUUGUUUGGAGGAAGUGAAGUUCAAGAGGAAAUGGCAACUCACAAUGUACCUGAGUGGUUAUUCCCCUUGGCGUUUAUGGCAGACGACAAUAUACGUUAUUAUGCCUGUCUAGCAAUUUGCGUCCUUGUUGCCAAUAAAGAACUUGAAGCAGCUGUGAUGAAAUCUGGGACAUUGGACCUUGUAAUGCCAUUUAUAAACAGUACAAAACCAUCAGUGUUUGCUAAAAAUGACCUUGCACAUCGUCAAGGUCGUGACAGUAUCUACUUGGAACACCUCAUCCCUUUACUUUCAAGUCGAAGAGAAGAAGCCCAAGCCCUUGCUGCUUUUCAUUUUGCCAUGGAAGCUGGAAUAAAAGCUGAACAAGGACGAGUUGGGAUAUUUUAUGAUAUUGGUGCUAUUGAACCACUGAAAACUGUAGCUAGUAGUCCCAAUGCCACAGCAUCAAAACUUGCAGCCCAGGCCUUAAAGAUCAUUGGAGAAGAUGUUCCACACAAGCUUACACCUCAAGUACCUGUCUGGAACACAGAGGAUGUAGCACACUGGAUCAAACAGCAGGUUGGAUUCAAAGACUAUGUGGAUGCCUUUGUGAGCUGUCGAGUAGAUGGAGAUAUUCUCUUACUGUUAACUGAAGAUGAACUCCAGAAUAGUAUAGGAAUGACAUGUAAAAUAGCAAGAAAAAGAUUUUUAAGGGAGUUGAAAGGUCUAAAAGUAACAGCUGACUAUUCAUCAUGUGAUCGUAGCCAGAUAGAUAGCUGGAUGAUGAAAAUAUUACCUGACCUUUCACAAUACACUUACUGUAUGCUGAAGAAUGGAAUGAGUAAAGAAUUAUUGUCUACUACUAGUCAUGAAGAGCUGAAGGAAUGUGGAGUUACUAAUCCUAUCCAUCGUAGGCUCAUAUUGGAACAUAUUGAUGAUUUGUACUGUUCUUUACCUAAGUAUGGUAGUUUUAACAGUUUACAGCGACAGAAGAGUGUUGAUGUAUCCAGUAUUUCUACCCUUCCAAAGGCUGUGGAUGUGUUUAUAAGUUAUAGACGAUCAACAGGAUCACAGCUAGCCAGUUUAUUGAAAGUACAUCUACAGCUACGAGGAUUUACUGUGUUUCUGGAUAUAGACAGAUUAAGAGCUGGAAAGUUUGAUGAAAACUUGUUACUUAAUAUUAAAAUGGCUCGCCAUUUUCUCCUGGUACUUACACCAAAUUCCUUAGACAGAUGCUUUGGAGACCAUGAAUUAACAGACUGGGUUCAUAAGGAAGUAGUAACAGCAUUAGAUAGUGAUUGUAAUAUUAUACCUGUGUUAGACAGUUUUGAUUGGCCAACAGCUGAAUCACUUCCUGAGGACAUGCAGCAAGUUGUUUACUUCAAUGGAGUCCGAUGGGUACAUGACUAUCAAGAUGCCUGCAUGCACAAGCUUGAGAACUUUCUAAAAGUUGGAAAGAGAACAACACAAAUAGAAUAUGUAUAUGGCAAAUCUCCAAGUCUGCUUGCUAACAAGUCUGACACAGAUCUCCCUGCUAGCGAAGAUAACAUCAGUGAGACCUCCUCGAAGAAAAGCUUCAAAGAGCGAUCUACUGGACUGUUUAAUUCAAUAUGGGAAAAUAUAGUAGAAACAUAUUGAUGAAUAUUUGUUUGAUUGUUACUUUCUGAAAUAACAUUUUUGGAAAAUUGGCUAAUUUUUAUAAGACUGCAAAAAUUUUUUUGGGAUCGUAUAAUGGUAUGAUGUCAUCGUCGUCUGCGUCGUCGUCCGAAGACACAUUGGUUUCCGGACAAUAACUUUAGAUUAAGUGAAUGGAUCUCUAUGAAAUUUUUUAAGAAGGUUCAAUACCACAAAAGGAAGGUUGGAAUUGAUUUUGGGGAUGAUGGUCCCAACCGUUUAGAAAUUAGGGGCCCAAAAGGGGCCCAAAACAAGCAUUUUUCUAGUUUCAGGAUAAUAACUUGUGUAUAAGUAUUUUGAUUGCUCUGAAAUUGUACCACAAUGUUAAAUACCACAAGUGGAAGGUUGGGAUUCAUUUUAGGGGUUAUGGGGCCAACAGUUUAGGAAUUAAGGGCCAAAAAGGGGCCAAAAACAAGCAUUUUUCUAGUUUCCAGACAAUAACUUGUGUGUAAGUGUAUGGAUCUCUCUGACAUUGUACCACAAGGUUCCAUAUAACAAAGGGAAGGUUAUGAUUGAGUUUGGGGUUAAUUGCUCCAAACAUGUAGGAAUUAGGGGCCAAAAACAAGCAUUUUUCUAGUUUCCAGACAAUUACUUGUGUUUAAGUGUAUGGAUCUCUCUGAAAUUGUAAUACAAUGUUCCAUACUACAAAGGAAAGGCUGGGAUUGAGUUUUGGGGUUAUUGCUUCUUGGGGGGGGGGAGGGGAUUUUUUUUUUCAAUUUUUUUAAGGGAUUCAUAUUUUUUUUUUCAAAAUUUUUCAAAUUUCAAAUUUUUGAAAAGUUUCAAGAAGAAAUCUUCAAUUACACAGUAUUGUGCAAUAGAUUUGUAAGAUCUUUAACCACAUUUAUUUUGUGUCAGAAAUCUAUAUUAUGUCAAAAAUUUGAUCACAAUCCAAAUUCAGACAGUAUCAAGCUUGAAUAUUGUGUUCAAAUUUGCCCAAACUGUUCAGGGUUCGACCUCUGCGGUCGUAUCAGGCUGCGCUCAGCGAAGCAUUUUAUUUGCAUAUGUGUAGAAAUAUGUACAAUGACAUAUAUUAAUAAGCCAUACAAACAUGUUAGCCAUCACUGUAGAGGAAAAGUUGUUUUUAAUCCUACCACCAUUUGACCACAUGUGUGUUUCAUGCACAUAAAGCACUAGAAUAUAAGAUUUGCUGUAAACGUUUUAUCUUUAUAGCCAAUCAUCAUGAGACAGAGCAGUAAACAUAUAGUACAGUAUUAUAGAGGUUUUUUUUAAAUUGCUGAUUGAAAUUUAACAUUGUUUUAUAUAUUUAAUAUAGGUGUGUUUAGUUGCAUGUUUAAAACAUGUUGGUUGUAUAUUUUAUCAUGAGCAAUGCUUCUGUCUAAGUUUACACAACAAAUAUUUUUACAUUGUUAUGUAUGAAUGACUCUUAAUAAGUGCCUGCCUUUUGUACAAUGAUGGUUGUUUGUGAAUUGUUAUUGUGAUGAAUCAGAUGUACUAUGUAUUGAAUCUUUCAUAGUUUGAAGUAGGGAUGAGUGCAAUUUUAAGUUUUUUUUAAGAGAUUUAUUUAUGCUUUCUAUGCUUUAUUAACACAUUAGUCAUAUUUAUAUAAAUUUUAGAUAUACAGUUGUAUAUAUGUAGACUAUUAUACUAGAACUGUGUAAUAUAUCAGUGUACUAAAGGUAAUUUCAGUGCCAUGUAUCAAUAUGCAUUUGAUGAAUUUUAAUGAGGUGAAUAGAAGGAUUGAAAAAGGGGAAGUAUUUAAGUAGAGAGUUUUAUAUUUACUGAGACUGUUCACUGAAUGAAUAUGAUCCCUUUUUGGGUUAACAAACCAUGAAAAAAUUGAAUUAGUCAGUAAAGGUUUUAUAUUAUGACACCUGUUGUUUGGCUAGCUUAUUAGAUGAUACAAAACAAGAUUUUACAAUAAUUUUUGCACUGAUUUUGCUGUGUUCCAAGUGUUAAAUGUUACAUUCCUAGUUUGAUACCUUGUCAAAUAGCAAAAAAAGAAGGACCUUACCCAGCAGAAAUCAAGUUGAAAGUGUCACACAGUAAUAAUUUCAAGUUUGAGACUGGUAUUCAUAGAAUAUACAUUUUUUAUGUUCUGGUAUAUAAAAAUAUGCAACAGUAGGUUACUGACGGUAAAAUUUCAUAAAUUGAGUAUGAAGAUAAAAAUCAAGGUAACAAACAAAAACUGAGAGAUUCACAAAAGUAGCCAAACUGGGUGUAUCCACAGGGUAUAUAAACAAUGGUAUUAGUAAAAACUUUAAAAAAAAAGUUUUUUUUUAUUUUAAGACAAACAUUUUUUUAAAGAUGUAAGUGGUAUUUUAUCAUGCUUUGUAAACAUGAAACAUAGAUUAUUUUUACAUUUUCCUUGCUUUUAAUACAAACAAGGAGAUGUAUGAUUGUCAUUGAGACAACUAUUCACCAGAGACCAAAUGACAAAUAAGUUAAGAAUUGAAAAUUUGCAAUAAGGAUGGAGAGGAUACUAAGUUGGCAACCAAAACCAUAAGCAUAAGAAAAACAGAUAAUGCCAUAGCCAAAAGAAAGAAAAAAACAUUCUAAAUAACAUUAUAUAGAGACUGAAGAUCAAGCGCCAAACAAAGAUUGUGAUCUAAGGUACUGGAGAAGAGUCACUGUUUCUGCUCCACUACAUGUUCACUUGUACAGUAAAUAUCAGAUAAUAAAAGAAGUUUGGCAUCACAUAAUAUUGGACAUGUUAUGUCUUCUGUUUAAUCAAACAUUUUCACAAAUUCAUAAACUAAAUUCAAAGGUACCAUUAGUUUUUUUUUUUUUUUUCCAAUUCAUAAAUAUGGGUUUUAGGAAGAUGUUAAUAUUAGUUGAGGCUAAAUGCUACAGGUUGAAAAUGAUUGCCAGAUUAGAACAAAACAAGUUAAUUCCAGCAAAAAUUUGGGUAAAUUUAAUUAAAGCACAAACAUUGCCAAAAGAAUUUUUUUUCAUUCUCCAUCCGUUUGAUGUUUACAUUAUUUGUGUAAGGAUCAUGUUCUUGUAAAAGUAAAAAAAAAUUAAGUGAAUCUGACUUCAUUUUCAUCAGAACUCAUUCUAUGUGUUUUCUGGGGAAAACAUUUUAAAAAUGAAACUGGUUUCUUUUUGCAUGUAAAAACAUACUUUAACAAUAAUUGGCUUCACUUGUAUUCUUUAUUUAACCAUUAGGAAUAUAACAACAAUUCAGAAGGUUUUGAAGGAUUAUUACACCUUUGAAAGAGGAGUGUGCUCAAUACAUUUCGGCAUGUGUGCAGUUAAAUAUUCAAGGUGGGCAGUUGUCAUCAAAUUAUUCAGUUUCAAUUCAUAGCUGUAUAACCCAUGAAAAAAAGGAAUAUUUUACAAAAAUAAUAAUGUUUAAAGUCACAAAUUUGGUUUGAUCUGUAUUUUGAAUAUUGCAUCAAGUUAAGUGAUGAUACUUUCAUUGUUCACCUUUACAAAAUGAUAUGUCACUUACAAAUCUAUAAUCGUUUGUGAAAGAUCAAUGCCACAAACAGUUAAAGAAAAUAAUAUUAUGUAUAUAAAUUGUGUGGGUCCAAAAGUUGACUUAAAUGUUUAAACUCUAUGAUUUGGGUUCAAAAAAUUUCUAUUCAACUGAAAGUCUGGGACUUUGCUAUAUUCUUUAACAUGUUUAAGCAAACCUGGGCAGUUAAUCUCUACAUAUUAUCAAAAUAAAAAAAAAUAGUUUUCAGCACAGCUUAUGUGAAUGGUAGAUUAAACUUGAUGUGAUUUAAACAGAAACAAAAUCUGUGUUUUCUUGACCACAAAGUCCAAUGGGUUGUGUUGCUUACCAGUAGCCACUAUUCGACAGUCUGAGGCCUUGGACUUAAGGAAAUUUUUAGUACCUGCUAGGUUCAUUUAAACAAAACUGUUUCACUUUUUAUUAGUCCCCUACCGACAAAGUCGAAGGGGACUUUAGGUUUGCACUCCGUCCGUCUGUCUGUCCAUCCAUCAGUCCAUCAACUCAACUUUCCACACUUUUUUCUUCGUUCUUGAAGAUAUUGAUUUGAUAUUUGGUAUAUAGUUUUAUCAUGACAAGUUAUAGAUCAAGUUCGAAUUUUGUUCCGGUCUGAUGAUUUAGUCCAGAGUUAUGGUCCAUAAAAAAACUCCAUAACUAAUGUUAGAGUACUAUGUUAAACCAUAUAAUAUGUACAAAGAGAGAUAACUCAUUUUUGUCGAGCCUUCGACUUUUGUCGAAAAAGCGAGACAUAGCGAUCCUACAUUCCGUCGGCGUCGUCGUUGUCGUCGGCGGCGUCCACAAAUAUUCACUAUGUGGUUAAAGUUUUUGAAAUUUUAAUAACUUUCUUAAACUAUCCUGGAUUUUUACCAAACUUGGACAGAAGCUUGUUUAUGAUCAUAAGAUAAUAUUCAAAAGUAAAUUUUGUAAAAAAAAAAAUCCAUUUUUUCCGUAUUUUACUUAUAAAUGGACUUAGUUUUUCUACCAGGAAACAUUACAUUCACUCUGUGGUUAAAGUUUUUGAAAUUUUAAUAACUUUCUUAAAUUAUCCUGGAUUUCUACCAAACUUGGAAAGAAGCUUGUUUAUGAUCAUAAGAUAGUAUCCAGAAGUAAAUUUUGUAAAAAAAAAUUCCAUUUUUUCCGUAUUUUACUUAUAAAUGGACUUAGUUUUUCUGCCAGUUAACAUUACAUUCACUCUGUGGUAAAAGUUUUUAAAAUUUUAACAACUUUCUUAAACUAUCCUGGAUUUGUACCAAACUUGGACAGAAGCUUGUUUAUGAUCAUAAGAUAGUAUCUAGAAGUAAAUUUUGUAAAAAAAAAUCCAGUUUAUCCGUAUUUAACUUAUAAAUGGACUUAGUUUUUCUGCCAGUUUACAUUACAUUCACUCUGUGGUUAAAGUUUUUUUAAAUAUUAACAACUUUCUUAAACUAUCCUGGAUUUGUACCAAACUUGGACAGUAGCUUGUUUAUGAUUAAAAGCUAGUAUCUAGAAGGAAAUUUUGUUAAAACUUUGUUCCAUUUUUUCCGUAUUUUACUUAUAAAUGGACUUAGUUUUUCUUCCAGUUAACAUUACAUACAGUCUGCAGUUUAAGUUUUUAAAACAUUAAUUAGAUUCAUAAACUAUCCUGGAUUUUUACCAAACUUGGACAGAAGCUACUUACAAUCAAAAGAUAGUAUAGAGAGGAAUAUUUUUAUUAAUUUUUUCCCUCAUUUUUGUUGAGCCUGCGAUUAACAGCAAAAGUAGGCGAGACACUGGGUUCCGCGGAACCCUUACAAAUUUUUUAAAAGACAUUCUUUGGUAAAUUGUUUGAGGAAUUUUGUGGCAGGUUUAUAUGUCAUGUAUGUUAUUUUGUAUAAACUAACUUUCUGAAUGCUACAUGUAUAUAUAUAUUUUUUUUUUAUUAAGUGAAAUCCUUUAAUUAGAUAAUAAUCUAUUUUUAUUAAGGUAUAUAUUUCAUUACAUUACACUGUGUAGAUAAAAGUUGUUGACAUUUUAUAGAUAAGUUACAAAUCUAUAUUAGUUUGUGACAAAUGAAAGAAAAAAUAUUUGGAACUAUUAACUAUAUUUGAUUGUAAUUUAAAAAUAGAUAUACAUUGUAUUACAUCAUAUCUAAUUUUAGAGAACUAUUAAUCAUAUCUAAUGUUAGAGUGUUAUAGGUUUUCCACACUUUUUUUCAUCAUGCUUGAAGAUAUUGAUUGACAAUUGGUAUAUAGUUUUAUCAUGACAAGUUACAGAUCAAGUUCAAAUUUUUUGUUUCCGUCUGAUAAUUUUGUGCAGAGUUAUGGUCCUUGGACUUGAAGAAAUUCACUCAUAUAUUCAGUUUUCCACACUGUUUUUAGUCAUGCUUGAAGAUAUUGACUUGAUAUUUUCUUUUUGUUUACACCAUGACAAGUUAUAGAACAAGUGAGCAUUUUGUUCCAGUAUAAUGAAUUUUUACCCGGUAGGGGACUAUGUAUUGCCAUGCAAUACUCUCAGAAUGCUUGUUAUUUUAAAAGUGCUGAUUGGAAUUUUGUUAAUUUAUCUUUGUUUGUUUUGUUGACCAAUUAAAAAUGAGUGUAUUUUUAUUCAAGGUUGAAAUAUAUAGCGUUAUGGUCUGGGUCACAAACUAGGCCUUUGGUAAAUGUUUGAAUAAUUUUUUUUCCAAUGAGAAAGCAGUAAAACAACACAAUCAAAAUCAAAAGAUACCUUAUGCAUACUUUAUGGUGAUCUAUAGUUGUUAACUUCUAUGUCAUUUGGUCUCUGGUGGAGAGUUGUCUUAUUGGCUAUCAUACCGCAUUUUCUUAUUUUUAUUUUAUAUAAUUAUUCAUCAUUUUAGAAGAUCAAUCAGGAAUUAGGUUAAGGUCACACACAAAUAAAGGUAUUUGUUGAUAAUAGAUAAAAUGAUAGUUAUCCUUCAGUCGAUUAAAUCUGUCAUAAAAUAAGGAUUAGAAAAUAAUGUUUCUGAAAAAAACUUUAAAAUAUAAAGACACCAAAAGUAUAAAUGCCAUUACCUUAGCUAUUCAUUUAAUUUUUAUCAUGAAUAAGUUUAAUGUCACAAAUGUAUAUAUUGAUUUUAUGAUAAACAAAAUGCUAGUUACCCUUCAAUGAAUUGAAUCUGUUAUAAAAUAAGAGAUUAAGAAUAGUAUUUAAAAUAACUUUAAAAAAUAGAGAAACCAAACAUAUGAAUAUAAAUGUUUCGGGUAUUGAUCUAUUGUUUAUUUUUUACCAUCCAUUCCAUUCUUAAGGUAAACAUCUUAGUUAGUUAGUCCCUAUUGAUACAUGUAAUCAGGGUAAUUGACAAUAAUGAAAUGCAUAAUAUACCUCAAAUCAGUUCAUCUUGAUAACUUAAUGAAUAUUUGUUAAUUUGACAAUUACAUAUUUUAUGUAGGCAGAUGAUAAUCCUUUUUCUUAACAUGCAAGGUAUGUUUAUUAUUUUUACAUAAUAUUUCUUUUUUUUACAAAGACUAGUCCUCAUUGAACAAUCUUUUCUUCGUUCAAUUGGUAAAUUUGUCAGUUUGGUAAUACAUUGCAAACUGCAAUCAUAUAAUGAAUUUACCUUUAAGAAUGUGAAUGGAUUAUUUGAUAUUGGAUAUAGACAUUAUACCCAAUCAUUAAUUUUCAUUGCUUGUGAUUGUUGUUUAGAUAUUUUUGAAGAUUUUUAAUUGUAGAUAAAUAUGUACAUGUGAAAAUAGUAAAUUAUGAAAAAUAUUUGAGAGUUGGGAUUGGAAAAUAUAUUAUUUAAAUUAUCAAUAUUUAAUGUAUUGUGUGAAUAAUUAUGGCAGAAUUAGUCACUAAAAUCACUGUAUUGCUGGAAAAGUGUAGGUACAUGUAUUAACUGCGGCUUUACCAUUAUUCGUUCGAUACCAAUUUUCGUUGAUCUCGUGGGUAUUACUUAACAUGGAAUUAAAAUGGUCAAGAAAGACUAAGUAAUAAUUCUCUAUAUGCUUGUAUGUAGACUUUGUCAAAACCACGAAAUAAAGUAUCCACAAAUGUAAAAUUUAUCCUCAAUCGUGGAAGAUUGGUAUCAACCUAAAGAAAAGAAUCGACAGUAUAAUGUUUAGUGAUUAAAACAUAUUAAAAUUAGAUUACACGUGCCUCAUAAUCAACAGAGACAUACAAAAUGUAGAUAAGGUUGUUUACACUGCUACUUUUGCAUAGGUACUAUUUAUGUACUAAAA